GCUGUUUAGCUAAUGUUAAGCUAAUGUAUUGCCAAAUAAUCAAACCUUAAAAAGUCAUCAUAAUUGACACAGAGGCUGUUUAACCAGUGUUCGCCGUUACUGGGCGCCCUAAUAAAUAAGACAGAGGAGAGAACUGCUGCUGAACUGCUGAUGUCAGGAGCUCCAGUGCUGCAUUUCAUGCUGCAGGGUGAAUGGCGACGGCGAUCUUCUCCGGAUUCACACAUGCGAACCUGACAAACAAGAUGCGGACCGUCGUCAAACACUGCGUGAUUAUAGCGGCGGUUUUAUCGUGCCUGGUCCCGUCAGGAAACACGGCGAAAAAGGUUUUUAAAUGCCCGUCCGCCUGUAGCUGCUCUAAAGAGUCCAUCAUUUGCGUCGGGUCCUCUUAUGUCCCACGAUUAAUACCCAACGAUGUCAGUUCAUUGAGUAUUGUGAAUGGGACCUUCUUCGAGGUCAAGGAGGCGAUGUUCUCGCACACGCCAUCCUUACAGUUACUGUUGCUUAACUCCAAUGCACUCACUACAAUCAGGGAUGACGCGUUUGCUGGUCUUGCGCACCUGGAGUACCUGUUUAUAGAAAGCAACAAGAUUGAGACAACAUCAAAAUACUCUUUCAGAGGACUUAGGGAUUUGACCCAUCUGUCUUUGGCAAAUAACAACAUUAAAGCUUUGCCACGAGAUAUAUUCAUAGAUCUGGACUCAUUGAUAGAGCUAGACCUGAGGGGCAAUGCCUUUGAGUGUGAUUGCCGAGCGAAAUGGUUGAUGAUGUGGCUAAAGAGCACUAAUGCCACUGUAUCAGACGUCCUCUGUGCUGGCCCUGAGGAGAUGAAGGGCAAACGACUCAAUGACAUGGCAAGCUUGCAUAACGAGUGCAUCUCCACAGAUUUUGUCCCCCUUCACUCUGUUUCUACUGAGUCUUUGUCUGUGGACACAUUCUCCCACAAGAAUGAUGUGUAUGUGGCCAUUGCUGCUCCCAACAUAGAGAGUUGCAUGGUGCUCCAAUGGGACCACAUCGAGAUGAACUUCAGGAGUUACGACAACAUCACAGGUCAGUCUAUUGUUGGCUGCAAGUCUGUGAUUAUCCAGGACCAGGUUUUUGUCAUUGUCGCUCAGCUUUUUGGUGGUUCCCACAUCUAUAAAUUUGAUGAGGACCAAAGCAAGUUCACGAAAUUCCAGGACAUUGAGGUGUCUAAGAUAUCUAAGCCAAAUGAUAUUGAGGCCUUUCAGAUUGGCAAUGACUGGUUCUUCAUCAUCGCUGACAGCUCUAAGGCUGGUCUGUCUACCCUCUACAAAUGGAAUGACAAGGGCUUCUACUCCUACCAGUCCCUCCAUGAAUGGUUUCGGGAUACUGAUGCAGAAUUUGUAAAUUUGGCCGAUAAGGCCCAUCUUAUUCUAGCGAGCCGUUCUCAGGUACCAGUGAUCUACCAGUGGAGCAAAAGCACUCAGAAAUUUGUCUUGCAUGGGGAGGUCCCCAACAUGGAGGAUGUAGUUGCUGUCAAGACCUUCUGGAUCAAAGAGGAGCUGUAUCUGGCAAUGACGAGAUACAUUGGUGACUCCAAAGUCUUGUGCUGGAGUGCUAAGGAGUUCUCUGAGAUUCAGGCUCUUCCUUCAAGGGGAUCCAUGAUCCUGCAGCCUUUUUCCUUCAAAGAGAGGUACUAUCUGGCUCUUGGAAGUGACUAUACAUUUUCACAAGUCUAUCUGUGGGAUGCUGAGCAGAAAGUGUUUGAGCGUUUCAAGGAAGUCUAUAUCCAGGCUCCACGUUCCUUCACUGUGGUCUCCACUGACCGAAGGGACUUUGUAUUUGCCUCCAGUUUCAAGGGCAGCACACAGAUCUUUGAGCAUAUCAUCAUUGAUCUGAGCCUUUGAGGGCUGUUGUGGACACUGGAUCAGUAGAGGCACAUUUGUGCUCAGCAGCCCCCUUUGGUAGAUGGACAUUUUCCUGGGUGAUUGACAAGGGAGGUCUGAGAAGCUUAUUGGCAUUAUCAGGCUAACAUUAAUUAGUACUUCAUGCAUAUAUGUAGUUUUACAAUGAUUCUGGGAGGGCCCUGUCAUUUUUUGCUAUGCCAUAUUAGAAUCGUUAUGUAUUAAUUAUAACAUUACAUGUUCAAUUCCUCAGCCACACUGAAUCAGAAGACAUUUCUGCCAAACUUGGUGCAUGGAUGGCUGAAAAGAGUUGCACUUGUCACCUGUAGCUAUCUUAAUCACUCUCCAUAUUGAUAUAACAUUUUAAAAGUCUGAUGCUGAUACCAUGCAUGAUGAGGCUGAAAAAUACAAAUACAAAAAUAAAAAGUAGCAAAUAAAAAAGCACAAUUUUCAAAACAGGCAUGCAAAUGACAUUUGAAAUAUAAGUACAGUGGACAAAUGCAGGUUUAUUAACAUUAGUAACAUUGAAGUCCGAUGAAUAAUAUUUUUACCUCAUCAUUUAACUAUUUGUGGAAAUUACAUCUUUGUUGGUGAACAACUAUGUCAGGUAAAUAAUCAAUUAAAACGAAGCGCCUCUAUCAAAUUCAACAGAAUCUGUUCUGAGUAGAACAAAUAAUAACUUCAAGUUCAAUUGAGUGGGCAUUAGGUAGACAGGGAUGGGCAUACUAAAGUUAAGAACAUAAAGCAUUUUGUAAAAAAUAUAUAUAUAUAUAUAUAUAUAAUAAUAUAUGCUUAAAUACAGGGAAACUGUCAAAAGCACAAACCUUUAAAAGCAUCAUAUGUCCAUUAAAUGGAUGUGACUUAAUGUUACUCUCUAAAUUUCGAUGCAAAUGAUUAACUAAUUUUUGGUUCCAGAUUUUUGUUCUGUGCAAUGAAUGUAAAAGCCUUUUUUAAUCAUUGUUCUAACUGCAAACACAAACUGAAUGUCUUAUUUUUUUUAAUAACAAGUGUUACAAUAAGAGCCUUUAUUUCCUUAAUGUUGUGCCAGCUGAAUAUAGAGAAAGGAAGACAACCCCCAAAUUAUCACUGCAGCCUGCAAAUGCAUGAUAUCCUAACCCUUAACCCUUAACCUUUCAGUCUUAUAAAAACUCAAAAACUGUUUGUUAAUCAAGUAAUCUUCCUACUCAUAGUACCAGUUUUAGUUUAUUCUGUUAUGCAAGUUAUUAAAAAAUUACACUUUUUAUAUAUCAUAUUUGGUUUUAUUCUCAUUUGUUGUAAAUAAAUGUUUAUUGUGCUCUGAUCUGGGCUUACCUCUCCCCAUCCAGGGGGUUUGGUUUCAAUUGAUUGAAUCAGAAUGAUUUUUAUUGCCAAGUAUGCUUUCAAACACAAGGAAUUUGUCUUGGUGACAGAAGCUUUCAGUGCACAAGUAAUCAGUCAAACAAGAAAUAAAUUGUAGAAAUACAUAAAGUGAAAAUAAAAUAAAUGUAAAAAUGCACAACAUGACUCAGUAUAAUGUAUGUAGCUCAAUUAAAUACCCACUCCACCCAGUGCUCUGUUGUUCUCUGUGUUUUAUGGCACUUUUCCACUGCACGUUACGGUUCAGCUCGACUCUACUCGCUUUACAUUUCUGAGCUUGCUUUUCCACUGCUGUUUAGCGCCGCCUCUACUGUCAUGACAUCAUCUUAAACAUGACACAAAACAAUAAACAAUAACAUGACGUGAGUCCAGGGCAUUCUCCCUCCCAUUGCUCGCCAGUCUAGGUAGCGUCCAUUUGGUACAACCACUUCCACUUAACCUUGAUGGUUCUGUAGUCACUUUUAAGUUUUUUUUUUAAUCUUUUCCCUACACUGUUGGUAGGUCCGGUGGUAGCCGUGUCUCAGCUGUGUGGCCAACAGCUGAGACACUUCCUGAAAUACUUUUUUGUUUCGUUCAUUGCUAAUGGCUGGACUGUCUGCACCUUGUUAAUUGACCAUGGCGUGGUUUUGCUCACAGCCAUUUCUUUUUACAAUUCGAAAGUUGCGUGAACAGAUGAUACUGUUAUCGCUGUAGCUAACUUUAAAACUAGUGGGUUGAUGUCCCGUGUCGCAAAUCCAGUGACGACGGUAGUGACGAUUCUCUCUGACCAAUCAGUGAUCUACAGGGUUUUGACGUCACAUUUAGAAUCGGCUGGUCUAGCUUGGAACCUAGACUGAGGUGGUACUAAAAAAAGUACCAGGUACUCUCCACAGUGGAAAACCCCCAAAAAGCAAGCAGAGUCGAGUUGUACUGUGCAAUGGAAAAGCCCCAUUAGAGUAUCCUGUAUGGUUUUGCUGAGUUCAGUGGGUGAGUGAGCUGGUGAUUCAGUUUGAAGUGUGAAACAAUUCAAACCAUUCUGCUAUCCUGUGUGGUGGGACCACACCAUUGUAAAAAAAAAAUAAACUGACUCAAAAGUGUAAUUUGUGAAUAGAACAUCUCUAGUUCUCAUUCAAACCCGCCGACAUUAGAUGAGACCAGGGUUGGUUGGCUAUAGUGGUUGGUUGGCACAGAGUUUCAAAAAUCUAACAAAUGUUUACCUUCUUGACCUAUAGCUUACCGAUUGGUUCUAUUGGGCCAUUUGCAUGUUAAAAUUGGUUAAGGUGAAGACAACUUUUCAUGUAAUCUAUUUGUCAAAACAAAAAUGACUACUUAAAAUGUUAUAGAAAUAAAAGUUUUGAUAAAUUUGAGUUAAUAUAGAUGAUAUCAAAUAUAUUUUCUUAUCUGUGAUGAGCUAAGCUAGCUGGCUAACAUCAUUUACAAAAAUAGUGUGAGUGGGCUUGGUUGGCAUAUUGUUUUUAGAGGGUUAUUUUCUGUUUGUUUGUUUGCUCGUUUGUUUGUUUUUUUUUGGCUCAUUGUCUUUGGGUUGGUUAGCACAUUAGGUAUAAAAAAAGAUAAGAUAACAAUGUAUAUCCUUCAUUCACGCUAUUAACAACCUAAAUACCUCUACAGAUGCAGAGAUUUUAUUAAAAUAAUAUAUUACGUUAAUAAUUAUUAUUAUUACAUAUACACACGGUUCAAGCCAAACCAAUGAUUCGAUUUAUUUCCAUCAUGUGACAUUAUAAAUGUUUUACAGGAUUAUAAGAAAAGAUGUAUAUAUAUAUUAAUACAAGUAAAGAAAAGUCACAUUAACUCCAAACUAUACAUAAAUUAUAUAUAAAUCAGUAUCAUAAUAAUUGCAUAAUCAUUACUUAUAUUAAUGAUAUAAGACAAUUAUGUAUUGAG